CUCAUUUUCUGACUCAUCAUUUCAUUUCCCAAACACCAAACCCUAAAUCUCAUUUCUCUUCGUUUCAACCAUGAGAGAGAUCUUGCACGUUCAAGGAGGCCAAUGCGGUAACCAAAUUGGAUCCAAAUUCUGGGAAGUGAUAUGCGACGAACACGGCAUUGAUCAAACCGGAAAAUAUAUAAGCGAAGGCGGUUCCGAUACUCAAUUGGAAAGGAUCAAUGUUUAUUACAAUGAAGCUUCUGGUGGAAGGUAUGUUCCUAGGGCUGUUCUUAUGGAUCUUGAACCUGGUACCAUGGAAAGUAUCAGAUCUGGUCCAUUUGGUAAGAUCUUUCGUCCUGAUAAUUUCGUCUUUGGACAAUCUGGUGCUGGUAAUAAUUGGGCGAAAGGUCAUUAUACCGAAGGUGCUGAGUUGAUUGAUUCUGUUCUCGACGUUGUUCGUAAAGAAGCCGAAAAUUGUGAUUGCUUGCAAGGUUUUCAAGUAUGCCACUCGCUUGGAGGAGGCACGGGUUCUGGCAUGGGAACACUAUUGAUAUCAAAGAUCAGGGAGGAAUACCCAGACAGAAUGAUGCUCACUUUCUCUGUUUUCCCAUCUCCAAAGGUCUCUGAUACAGUUGUUGAGCCAUACAAUGCCACACUAUCUGUACACCAACUUGUAGAAAAUGCAGAUGAGUGCAUGGUUCUUGACAAUGAAGCUCUUUAUGACAUUUGCUUCAGGACAUUAAAACUCAGCACCCCUAGCUUUGGGGAUCUGAACCAUCUGAUUUCUGCAACUAUGAGUGGGGUUACAUGUUGUCUGAGGUUUCCUGGACAACUGAACUCUGAUCUUAGGAAGCUGGCUGUCAAUCUGAUCCCGUUCCCACGUCUUCACUUCUUUAUGGUGGGGUUUGCACCUCUCACUUCUCGUGGGUCUCAGCAGUACGUCUCCCUUACCGUCCCAGAACUGACUCAGCAAAUGUGGGACGCCAAAAAUAUGAUGUGUGCUGCUGAUCCCCGACAUGGCCGAUACUUGACUGCAUCUGCAAUGUUCAGAGGAAAGAUGAGCACCAAAGAGGUGGAUGAACAAAUAAUCAAUGUGCAGAACAAGAAUUCUUCAUAUUUUGUUGAAUGGAUUCCCAACAAUGUGAAGUCUAGUGUGUGUGACAUUCCACCCAAGAACUUGAAGAUGUCUUCCACUUUUAUUGGGAACUCAACUUCAAUUCAGGAGAUGUUUAGGAGGGUGAGUGAGCAAUUCACUGCCAUGUUCCGGCGCAAAGCCUUCUUGCAUUGGUACACUGGAGAAGGAAUGGAUGAGAUGGAGUUCACAGAGGCAGAGAGUAACAUGAACGAUUUGGUAGCAGAGUACCAACAAUACCAGGAUGCAAUUGCAGAGGAGGAAGAUGAGUAUGAAGAAGAAGGUGAGGAACAGUACGAUGAGCAGUAGCUGGAUCAAACUCCAAUGGUAACUACUUCAACUAUGCAACUUUGCUGCUAUUCGUGUAUCUACUACAGUCAUAUGCUCUUUUGUUCUUAUUUAUCCCUGUUUCUUUACAUUUUGCCAAAUUCAUUUUUUAAGUGUACUAUUUCAGAAUUGUUUGGAAAUUGGAAUGUGGCCCGGCAGACAGGGUUAUCCUAUACUCUUAUUCCUAUAAUCAU